CCGAAGAGUAUAUUAAUUUAUCGGUCAGCACACUGAGCACACUGCAGCAAUUCAGCAGCAUAAUCCUUGCUCCUGAAGAAGCCGCACCGCACAGACUCUGUCCAUCAAGCCUUUAGCUGGUUUGCCUUCCUUCUUCCUUUCUCUUUUUUUUCCUGAUAAAAAUUAAGGAAAGGGUGGCGGCCUUGAGGAUAUAUCAACUGGUGGCCAGGGCCAGGUAGUUGUACUACCUGUCUGAUUACUGUAUAUUACUAUCAGUGACAAGCCGGCCUCGCUCUUUGUUAGCUCCUCCUUUUCUUCCGCUUCACCUUUCCUUUCUGUUGCUCGUUUCCUCGCCAAUCUUCAUCGCCUUCUUCUUCUCCAAUCUCUCUCCUCUUGAAGUCUUUGUCACAUACUAAGAAGAAGAUUGCUUCGUUUGGAAACUUGCUUCACUGUUGCCACCCCUUCAUCCCCUUCUCCUCCUGGGUCGGACUCCGGAGACGCAGUAGACGACUGUAAAGCUAGUACUAUCAUAGUAUCAUGGCGGCAUCCAGGGUGGCAAAGGCGGGGAGCAGCAGCCUUGUUGCCGUAUGCAUACAAGACGGCGACUCGAGGGAAAAAGUACGCAGAGUGAUGGACUGCAGACCGUACUCUAGUCUUCUCCUUCCCAAAACAAGCCGAGGGAAAGGUGAUGCCAUUGGAGGUGCCAGCAGUCUUGGCCAUGAUCAUCAUGAUGGACUUGUUCGCAAAACUCAUGUGAGGGCAGGAUGUGCUCUUCCUUCGAGACGAGACCCGUUCCAGAGGAGGGCUCCCAAUCGUCUUCCUGAGCUGGCUGCCUGUGUUGUACUUAAUGAUGGGGUUGGCGACCGGUUGUUCUACGGAAUCUAUGCCGCUUCCUCAGCCACCAGAAAGCGCAGCUGCAGCUACAGAGCUAACCAUGAUAAGAAGAACGGAUUCGUUGACAAGGUGCAAGCGCUUCCAGAGAAUGGCACAGAACCGUUAGAAGACCCAGCGUUUCCCGAGGGGGACACAGGUGGAGUAGUUCCAGAAGAUGCAGCAAUUUCCAUGGUGGUCACAGGAGGAGAAGGAGAACCUGCCUUCCUCAAGGAGAUAGUACAGAGGAGUGCUGCAGCUGAAGCCGGUGACUCGGAGGCAUCCAGGGCGGGGAGCGGUGGCAGUAUCCCUUCCACGGUCUCUUUCGUGGACAGCAAUCCGUAUCCCGCUUCGCUAGACAGCUCACGGUUCGCAAUAGCAGGCAAGGCCCAGGGCUAUGGCUUCAGGGCGACGGGAGGACGGGGUGGAAAGGAGUACAAGGUCACCAACUUCUCCGCCAGCGGCCAACAAGGCACCCUCGAGUACGCUCUGUCCCUGUCCGAGCCUCUGUGGAUCACCUUUGAUCAAGCUGCCGCUGAUCGUGCGAAGAAGUUUCAAGAUGGCAGGCCUAUGAUCGACUACACCAGCCUGCCGAUCAGCAGAAGGUUGAUAUCAGUCAGGUCGAACAAGACGAUCGACGGCCGCGGGCUGCGGUUGCCUGUCGUCUUGUACGGGUGCGGCCUGAAGUUUCUGGCGGAAACACAGAAUGUCAUUGUGUCCAACAUAUGCCUGGAUGGAGCCUUCAAGGAAGGAAAGGGCGGCCAGAAGGACGUCGAUAACAUGGAUGGCAUCCAGAUCGCCGGCGACAAGUCGGGCAACGCGCCGUCCAACGUGUGGAUUGAUCGUGUCACACUCAGGAAUUAUGCAGACGGACUGAUCGACAUCACACGGGGGAGCACCAACGUAACUGUCUCCCGCUGCCUGCUCACGGACCACGAUAAAACCAUGCUCAUAGGAUCGAGCGACGAUUUGGGUGACGUGGACCGCCGGAUACGGGUCACAGUGCAUCAUAACAAGUUCAUGAAUUGCGGUCAGCGCCAUCCUCGUGUUCGCUUUGGCUUCGUGCACGUCUACAACAACUCCGUCUUGCGUUGGAAGACGGCAGGUGUGGGGCUGGGGACGGAGGCUCAAAUUCUGCUGCAACAGAACUACUUCUUGCAGGACUCCGACAACACCGUCGUGGAGCUCAAACCGAAAGACAACGGAAGGGACAGCCAGGGCAUUGCAUCUGUCGGGGACGUCUAUAACCCCAAGUCACUCGACAUCAACACGGAUAGCAGAUUUGCAGAGGUGAUCAGGAACUUCCGGGGCGCUUCCUCAGAUUUACCAAGGUCCCCCAACACACUCACGGUGGAGAAGAUCCCAAGCGGCGAAGCACUUGCAAAAAAGCUGGAUGGCAUAGCAGGCGCUUGGUCAGGAAGCAGAUUCAAAUUCUGAUCAUCGUGAGUCGUUCUCUUCUGUGCAUGCAUGCGGUGCACCUUGGACUCUCUGAGGAGAGGAGGAGARAGGUAGGUGGCGAAGGAGAUGAGCUCCAGUUUGAAGCUUGCACAGCAAGGUGCUUCCUUUCGCAUAGAAUGAGAUUUCUGGGGCUCUAGUCAUGAAUCUC